AAUUUAAUUAGGCAAUAGUACUUACAAAGUGGUGAGGUGUUGUGAUCAGAGGAAGAGAUGUGGAAGCUAAUAUAGAUAGAUUAGAGAAGAAAGAAAAGAAAAAGAAAAGAGAAAUUGAGUAGAAUAAUUAAUGAAAAAUUUGUCUAUAUAUAAAAACACAUAUCCACACCAUCCAAUCCCUUUCUUCUGCUUUGGUAACUGCACACACACACACAAACAAACACAGAAAUCGGUUUCAGGCCAAAAAAGUAAUCGGCGGUGCUUUAUCACCGAUCGCUCAUCGGUUUCCGGCCAACUUCAGAUCGAUUCUCUUGCUUCUCCGGUAACUCGAAAUUUGUUUCUUGGCUUUUUUCGGAGGCAUUUUGUUGUUGGUUGUUAUACUCUUACUGUGAACUGGAAAAUUAUUAUAUAUGGGCUGAGGUGACCUUUUCAUGGGAGGUGUGGAAGAUGAAGAACCAGCUUUAAAACGAACAAAAUUGUCUUCUAAAGGAUUAGUUGGUCUCUCUAACGGUUCGUCUUCUGUGGAUCGCGUUGUAGGUUCUUCAAGUGACUUGAUGGCUCGGCCCCUAUCAACUGAAGGGGACGAUGAAAUUGUUGGUACUAAAGGGAUUAUAAAAAGAGGGGAGUUUGUAAGGAUAAUCACUAAGGCAUUGUAUUCUCUUGGUUACAAAAAGAGCGGGGAACACCUAGAGGAGGAGUCUGGCAUAUCUUUGAAUUCUUCUGUGGUAAAUCUGUUUAUGCAGCAGAUACGUGAUGGAGAUUGGGACGAAAGUGUAGCUACAUUGAAUAAAAUUGGUGUUGAAGAUGAAAGCAUUGUCAGGGAUGCCUCAUUUUUAAUAUUGGAGCAGAAAUUUUUCGAGCUUCUUGAUGGGGAUAAGGUCAUGGAUGCAUUGAAGACAUUGAGGACUGAGAUUACACAACUUUGUGUUGAUAGUACUAGAAUUCGCGAACUUUCUUCCUGCAUAGUGUCUCCUUGUGGCAGAGAUGGUUCUUCUAGGCGAGAUUCUCUAAGGGCGAGGACUCGAUUGACACUGCUGGAGGAACUACAGGAAAUGAUUCCCCCAAAUAUAAUGAUACCUGAAAAGAGAUUGGAACAUCUUGUUGAGCAAGCCCUCCUCUUGCAACGAGAGGCUUGCUUGUUUCACAACUCAUUGGAGAAGGAGAUGUCAUUAUAUUCAGAUCAUCACUGUGGAAAAACUCAGAUGCCUUCUAGAACAUUACAGAUAUUAGAAGCCCAUGAUGAUGAAGUAUGGUUUGUACAAUUUUCACAUGAUGGGAAAUAUUUAGCCACGGCAUCAAAUGAUCGAACGGCAAUCAUUUGGGAGGUUGAUAUAAAUGGUGAACUGUCUAUGAAGCAUAAACUAUGUGGUCACCAGAAACCUGUUUCAUCUGUUUCCUGGAGUCCUAAUGGCCAAGAGCUUCUCACAUGUGGAGUAGAGGAAGCUGUUAGGCGUUGGGAUGUCUCUACGGGUAAAUGCCUGCAAGUUUAUGAAAAGAAUGGUUAUGGCCUGAUCUCCUGUGCAUGGUUUCCUUGUGGAAAGUAUAUACUUUCUGGCCUCAGUGACAGGAGCGUUUGCAUGUGGGAAUUAGAUGGGAAUGAAGUGGAGUCUUGGAAAGGACAAAAAACCCUCAAGAUUUCUGAUUUGGAAAUAACAGGUGAUGGGAAACAUAUUCUCAGUAUUUGUAAAGAAAAUGCAAUAUUGUUCUUCAAUAAAGAAACGAAGGAUGAGAGAUUUAUUGAAGAGGAUCAGAUUAUAACUUCAUUCUCUUUGUCAAAGGACAGCAGAUUCUUGUUGGUUAAUCUUUUGAACCAAGAAAUACAUCUUUGGAAUAUACAAGGUGAUCCUAAGCUUGUUGGCAAGUAUAAAAGUCAUAGACGCUCCCGGUUUGUUAUUCGAUCUUGCUUUGGUGGGGUUAAGCAAUCGUUUAUUUCCAGUGGAAGUGAGGAUUCACAGGUAUACAUAUGGCACAGAAACUCAGGGGACCUAGUAGAUGCAUUGCCUGGUCACUCCGGAGCCGUUAACUGUGUGAGCUGGAAUCCAGCUAACCCCCACAUGUUGGCCUCAGCUAGUGAUGACCGGACAGUCCGAAUAUGGGGAUUGAAGUGUCUGGAUGUGAAGUACCCAAAUGCAUACAGCAAUGGUAACAACCAUCAUUGCAAUGGUGGAGAACUUAGGUGAAGGCAGACUAUUUCAAUUUCAUUUUUUUUUUUAUCAUUUUGUGUAAAUAAAUACGUUUACUAUCCUUACAAGUAGUUACAUUCAUACCAAACACCCAUCUAAUGUUUAGCAGUUCAAAACAAUCUUCAUGGUUCAUUUAAGCGUU